CCUUUCAGAAAGACCUGAAGCCUUCUCCAGACAUCUGCAGCCCCUCCCCGUGACUCCCGCCCGGAAUUGAGGUCCCCCGUCCUCCCUGUGAGAGGUACGGUCCAAGAGUGCUCCGGGCAAAGCCUUCCGGCGGGGAGAGACGCCACUGCGAGUCCAGGCCUGGACGGCGGGGACGGUGGCGGGAGGUGCGAUGGCGCUGCCGGGUGGAAAUAAGGAUAAUAUCAGAGCAGGAUGCAAGAAGUGUGGCUACCCUGGUCAUCUGACAUUUGAAUGCCGAAACUUCCUCCGAGUAGAUCCUCAAAGAGAUAUUGUUUUAGAUGUCAGCAGCACUAGCAGUGAAGACAGUGAGGAAGAAGAACUACAGAGAUUGCAAGCCAUGCGUGAAAAAAAGAAUUUAAAUGAGGAGGAGGAGAAAAAGAAACAAAAAAGGAAAAGCAAAGAAAAAACAAAAUUAAAGCGACAAAGGAAAAGAUCUUCCUCAUCAACUGCAUCUGAAGAGUAUGGGCCAAAGUCAAAAAAACAAAAAUCACACAAAAAAGAAAGAAAAAAGGAAAAGAAGAAUAAAUGUAAGAAAGGAAAACAUCAUAAAAAGGAGAAAAAGAAGAGACGAAAGGAAAAAAGUUCAUCGUCUGAUAGUUCAGACAGUUCUAGUAGUGACUGAGAUGCUGGCCUGUUCUGUUCACUUCUGCAGAGGGGAUGAUUUUACUUUCAUGUCAAAUUUAUUUAUGCUUUGCAAUGCUCUUGUUUGAAAAUGAGAUAUAUAUAUAUUUUUAAGAAAUCUAUUUGCAUGUAUCUGUGCUUCAAAUUAUUAAAUGGACCUUUUGGGAAAAA